AUGAAUAUCAAAAUGCGUGGACUUUCUGGUUAUCACAUCAUGAUAGUCUCGAAGUACUUCGACACUAUAAACGAUUUAAUUAACUUGGAAUUGGUAUGCAAGAAGUUUGGUGGCAAUAUGGAAAAGUUCCAUUCCAACCCAAUUUCGUUAAAUUCCAAAACACUUGGAUACUUCCCAAACAUUGAGACACUUCAUUUGUGGGAUGUGAAAGAUGAGAAUUUUGGCAAUGGAUUUAUGAUCAACAGAAGACAAAAUGAAAAUAGUGAAAAUGAAGCUGUUUUUGAAAAAUUCGAAACAUCGAGUUUAAAAAUUGUUACAAUACCACCAAGUAUGAAAUCAUUUGGUAAAUGUUGUUUCCAUAGAUGCAGUAAUUUUAGUGAUUUUAUAAUACCAUCAAAUGUCACAUCAAUUGGUAAUAGUUGUUUCCAUAGAUGCAAUAGUUUAAGUAGUGUUACAAUACCAUUGAGUGUCACAUCAAUUAUUGAUUGGUGUUUCUAUGAAUGUAUUAGUCUCAGUAGUAUUACAAUACCACCAAGUGUCUCAUCAAUUGGUUAUGGUUGUUUUUAUGAUUGCAGUAGUUUAAAUAGUGUUACAAUACCAUCAAGUGUUACAUCAAUUGAUGAUGGUUGUUUCUGUAGAUGCAGAAGUUUGAGCAGUGUUACAAUACCAUCAAGUGUGAAAUAUAUUGGUGAUAGUUGUUUCUGUGAAUGUGGUAGUUUAAGUAGUAUUACAAUACCACCAAGUGUUACAUCAAUUAAUGGCAGUUGUUUCUGUAGAUGCAGAAGUUUGAGCAGUGUUACAAUACCAUCAAGUGUAAAAUAUAUUAAUGAUUAUUGUUUCUUUCAAUGUAUUGGUUUGAGUGAUGUUACAAUACCAUCAAGUGUGACAUCAACUGGUAAAUAUUGUUUCAAUGGAUGCAAUAGUCUCAGCAGUGUUAACAUACCAUCAAGUGUGACAUUGAUUGGUGAUUAUUGUUUCUUUCAAUGUAUUGGUUUGAGUGAUUAUACAUGGAGGCUCCUAAAGCCGGCCCCCCUCCCCCACCCACCUCCUGGGAACAAAGAUUACUUAAAUGUAAGAUUGUGUAAAAUUGUGAGUAUAUACCACGUCAUUAACAAAUAA